AUGUCCAAGGCAACUUCUUCCAAUGGCUCUGAAAAUCGCCAACCUCAACACGAAGUGUUUAUAAAUUUCCGGGGAAAGGAGGUCCGAGGCAACUUCGCAAGUCAUCUAAAAAAUGCCUUGAUAAGAGAAGGCAUCAAUGUUUUCACAGACAAUAACGAGAGGAUGGGAAAAGCUUUGGACAUAUUUUUUACGAGGAUUGAGGAGUCCAAGAUUGCGAUCGCAAUCAUCUCAAGCUUGUACACGGAAUCGAAGUGGUGCUUAAAUGAGCUCGUAAAGAUCCACGAAUGUGUGAAGAAAGAGACAUUGGAGGUGUUUCCAGUGUUCUACAAAGUCAAUGUUGACACGGUGAAGAGACGGAAAGAAAAAUUUGGUGAGAAUUUCGACAGAUUAGUGAAAAAAGAGCAUACAGAACGUAAAAAAUGGUCAAGAGCUCUGAGGUUUGUGGCCGGGAUUAAGGGCGAGGUAGUAGAUGAAAAGAGAUGA